AUGAACUUCGCGACUCAAACUCACCGCCAACGCGGUUGGCGACUCCUUACCAUCAUUCUAGCGUAUCAACGAAGAUCUACAUCAUGGGUCGCAUGGGAGCAGCCCAACCCAGCUCUCUACACACCACCUUAUGCGCCCCCCCGCAGCGAGAGCCAGCAAGCAACCAGCAAAUCUCAGGGCACACCCACUGCUGGGGAGACCAGCUCAGUACCAAAAAUUGCUACGACUGUGACGGGCAGCCAGGAGAUAUCCACAUCAGGAAAAAUAGCCCCUUCGUCUAUCCCAGCAGGCGCCAGUCGCACCCCCUAUUCCCAAACGCGCUCUAUCCAAACCCAAUCCGAGGACACGCCGCUUCUUCCUACCACCCUCCUGCGCAUCCCCGGAAUCACCGCUACCUGGCCGGACAAGGCGCCUGAACAUCCAGACCAACUGAGAGUCCGGAAGUACGCCAGUUUCGCCCACGAAAACGAAAGUCUUCACUGA